GUAGUUGAUCAUUAGCAUCAUCAGAAAUAUUGAAUUGAUCAGAACUAAUCAAUGGAGGAGACUAUAAUUAAUAGUAGCACAAAGAAAUUAGUACCGGAAGUGGUGCUAAAUUCAGGCCACAAGAUGCCAGUGCUUGGGUUAGGGACAGGUAAAGUGCCUCCAACACCAACUGAUGAGCUCGUCCCCAUUCUCGUCGAUGCCAUUGAGGCCGGCUACCGCCAUAUCGACACUGCCGCUUUCUACCAAACCGAAGAAGCCGUCGGUCUAGCCGUGGUCCGAGCGAAAGAGCGAGGUCUUAUCAAGAACCGGGAUGACAUGUUCAUCACUUCCAAGCUGUGGUGUACUGAUGCUUAUCCUGAUGGUGUUCUCCCAGCCCUCAAAACCUCACUCCAGAGGCUGGGGCUGGAGUACGUGGAUCUGUACCUGAUUCAUUGGCCGUUGAGGCUGAAACAUGGAGUCCCAGGAUUUGAACUAACUAAAGAAGAUAUGAUACCCUUUGAUAUAACGGGGACAUGGGCGGCCAUGGAAGAAAUUUCCAGGUUAGGCUUAGCCAAGUCUAUUGGCGUUAGCAAUUUCGGCACCUUAAAGCUCUCUCAAAUCCUUCACAAUGCCACCAUCCCCCCGGCGGUUAACCAGGUCGAAAUGAACCCUUCGUGGCAGCAAGGAAAACUGCGAGACUUCUGUAAAGAGAAAGGAAUUCAUGUGACUGCGUGGUCUCCCUUGGGACUUUAUGGAACUCCUCAGCUUAACAAUGCUGGGAUUGAUUAUUCCGUUCUCGAGGACCUCGCUGCUGCCAAAGGGAGGACUGUGCCACAGAUUAUACUGAGAUCCAUCGUCCAGCAAGGAGCAAGUGCAGUUCCGAGGACCUUCAACAAGGAGCGGAUGAAGCCGAACCUUGACAUAUUCGAUUGGGAACUAAAUGAAGAUGAAAUGAACAAGAUCAAGCAGAUUCCCCAGCGCAGGCUGUGUUCCGCAGAGUUCUUUGUUUCCGAAACCGGACCUUGCAAGUCACUCGACCAACUCUGGGAUAAUGACCCCUAAGCUCUAUGCUACCCAAUGUUCUAAAAGUUUCCGCAGUGCUUGGCGUUAGGCAAAUGGUCUAAUUCCUAUGUGUUUUAAAAAUAAAUAAAUAAUGGAAUUUAAACUUUGCCUAGGCGCCUGCCCGCUUAAGUCACAACUCUCACUUAGACAGAAAAUAAGUUACUUCCAUUUUGCGCUUUUUUUUCAAUAAAUUGAAAGAAACUUGUUGGAUACGUAGAUGAACACUAAUUAUAUGUUUGUUCCCAUGUCUUCAGUAUGUUACUUUAUAAUUUAUGUGU